GUUCUGAGGAAGUUCCACCGGAGUACGAAGUGUCUUGUGCAUGUUUCCCAAAAGAAACUCAUAGCGGAGGUCCUCAUUCACAUUUUCCUACCGCUAUAACACACUCCCCAUGGACUCUAAAUGGAACGAGAAAAUAUCAAAUAACACAUCGGACGCGACAAGAGCUCUCCAGCGAGUUUUCGUCGGUUAUCUAAAACCUCAUAUUACGCGGAAGGAUCUCUUCGAGAUAUUCAGAAAAUAUGGCGAAAUAGCUGCUAUAUCCAUUAACCGGAACGGUUAUGGUUUCGUCGAGUUUGCUAAUGAGGAAUCCGCGCUACUGGCCACGGAUGAAAAUGGUCGGCCGAAUAAGGGUGGCGUCUUUCAAGUCAAACAAUGUUCCCCGGGAGACGUUCGCAAGAAAGCGCCAACACGGGACCGAAGUCGUAGCCCCUUGCCCCCGAGUCGAGCGACGGCGCCAGCGAACCAUAGUCCACGGAGGCGUUCUUCGCCGAAUCCACCCCACGAUCACCGAUCACGGUCGCCGACCGGCGCGCGGUCCUCGUCAUCUACCUCGAAACCUAAGCCGGCUGACGAAGUCUCCCGGAAGCCGAAUGAUUGUGAAAUCGUUGUUAUGUCAAAACAGCUCCGUGACUACGCUGAGACGGUUGAACGGAGACUGAAGAAUUUAGGUCUCAAGGUGGAUGUCCUAUUCAUGAAGGAUGAAGCCCUGUUGACUCAGGCGCUCGACGAUCUGAGUCUUCGUGGUACUCUCUAUGCCUGCGUCAUUGCACAGCAGCACGAAGUUCACAACUCCGUGACUCUGAACGUUCUGUACGGAAUUCCCCAAGAGCACCGAAACAUGCCAAUAGACGAAGCUCUCAAAUUCUUAGCGAAGAAUUUUCGGGAGCACCUCGAGCGGCAGAGAGAUCGCGAUAGUGGAGACGACGAACGGGAAAUUAAAUUUUUGCUGAAGCUUGUAAUCGAAUCGCGUUACAUUUCGAUCAAUGAAUACGAUCGCCUUAUCGAUCAUCUCCGUUUGAAACGCGAUCAACUGAUCAAGGAGGAGAUCGGAGAUUCGCGUCCGGUACCCGCUCCGAGUAGAGCAGGAUCGUCAUCAUAUCAGAGCGGCUCGAAUCCGCGCGGCACAGGAGAAAUUCGGACCAGGCCUGGGAAAAGGGUCUAUCCUCUCCGGUGGGCUUGCCUCUCGGGACUCGGGAUCGACUCCGAAAAUCCCCAGCGUGCUCGCCGCUUGUAGGAACUCGGAGCGAGGAAGCAGGACUGCGGACUCGGCUCUACAGAGGGCGGCGACUUCGCUUCCGCACGUAAUCCAGAUCAGCUCGAGGCUGCCUC